GAGACAGUGAGGUUAGACCCCUUCUUUUUGAAGAUUGACUUUUUGACCAGUUUUGGAAAAUUAAGCAUGAAAACUUUUCAUAUUUUUUCUUUAAUUAUAAUCCCCACUCUCUCUCUCUCUCAAGAAAUAAAAGAAAGAAGCAAGAAGAAAAGUCACACUUUCCUGCUCCCUUCCUUCGUGCUCAGUCUCCGUGUGUGAAUUCUGGAACGCUAUAUAUAUAUACUAACUCACUCCAAAGACUUCAUCCCACAACUUAAAACUGCAACUCAAUAAUUUCUUUCAAAUUAAGGUCUUUACUUAGUCUAAAAGAUUUAUCCUUUUACUACAACAAGGGUUUCUUGAUGUGCGGAGGUUCAAAGAGUAAUCUUUGCUCCCGUGAUAUGGAUUUGGAGAUUUCGCAUAAAAGCUGCUCAGAGCUGCUUGAAUUGGCAGCCACUGAUGAUUUGGCUGGUUUCAUCCAUGAAGUCGAGGAGAGGGGAAUCGAUGUGAACGAAAGCAGGUUUUGGUAUGGCAGAAGCUUCGGUUCCAAGAAAAUGGGGUUUGAGGAGAGAACUCCAAUCAUGAUUGCUUCUCUCUACGGUAGCACUCAGGUUCUCAACUACAUCCUUCAAACUUGCAAGGUCGACGUCAACAAAGCCUGCGGCUCCGACGGCGCCACCGCCCUCCACUGCGCCGCCGCCGGCGGCGCAUGGUCCUCCGUCGAAAUCGCGGAGCUCCUCCUCGCCGCCUCCUGCGACAUCAACGCCGUCGACGCCAACGGGAAAAAGCCCGGCGAGCUGAUCGCGCCGUGCGUGAGGUCUUCGAGCGGCUCCAAGAGGCGGCGGCUGGAGAUGCUGCUGAACGGCGGCGCUGUUGAUACGGAGGAGGAUGAGUACUGCAAGUCGGCGGCGGCGGCGGUGGAGAAGAAGGAGUACCCGAUGGACGCGACGUUGCCGGACAUAAACAACGGCGUUUACGGCAGCGACGAGUUCAGGAUGUAUAACUUCAAGGUGAAGCCGUGCUCGCGGGCUUACUCCCACGACUGGACCGAGUGCCCCUUCGUCCACCCCGGCGAGAACGCGCGCCGCCGCGAUCCGCGGAAGUUCAACUACACCUGCGUCCCCUGCCCCGACUUCAAGAAGGGCAGCUGCGGCAAGGCCGAUUCCUGCGAGUACGCUCACGGCGUCUUCGAGUCGUGGCUCCACCCGGCGCAGUACCGCACCCGCCUCUGCAAGGACGAGAUCGGCUGCGCCAGGAAGGUCUGCUUCUUCGCGCACAGGCCCGACGAGCUGCGCCCCUUGUACGCCUCCACCGGCUCCGCCAUGCCCUCCCCCAAAUCCUUCGGCACAGACCCCAGCCCGCCCCCUUCCCCGAUGUGGCAGAGCCUCACGGCGCCCCCCGCUCUGCAGCUCCCCUCCAGCCGCCUCAAGACGACGUCGUCGUCGUCGCCCGCUUCCCGAAUUGGGGAUUUGAAGCCCACCAAUCUCGACGACUUCUUCGGAUCUCUCGAUCCGUCGAUCAUGUCUCACCUCUCGCUCUCGCCGUCGCCGAAGAUUAACGUUAACGGCAACGGUAACGGCUUGAGCCAUCUCCGCGCGAGCUACCCCUCGAACGCCGGGUACGGGUUCGACACGGCUGCAGCGGUGGCUGCAGCCGUGAUGAACUCGAGGUCGGGCGCGUUCUCGAAGCGGAGCCAGAGCUUCGGGUACCGGCACCCGGCCUCGUCGUCGCCUAACUUGAUGCCGCCGUCGAAGCUCUCCGGCUGGGGGUCGCCCGACGGGAAGGUGGACUGGGGGUUCAGCGGCGACGACGCGAGCAAGCUGAGGAAGUCGGCUUCCUUCGGCAUUCGCAGCGCCGCGGCGGAGGAGCCGGGGCGCGGCGUGCAUGAGAUGAUGCCGCAUUGGAUUGAUCAGAUGUAUGUGGAGCAGGAGCAGAUGGUGGCUUGAGAUGGGAUUCAAUAUAUUCUUUUGUUAGGAGAUAGGAUUAACAUCACAGUAUCUUCAUCUUCAUCAUGUAUUGUUCAUGAUUUAGUUGGAAAGAUCAUAUAUGUAUUUUUUAAUUUUUUUUUUUUUUCAUACAAGUGUUCUUCUUCCUGUGUGGGGAUCCAAGAGAUAAUUAAGGAAAGGAAACCAAGAGAUUUUCAUUUUAA